AUGGUUUAUGGUCCAGAUGUUGGCUGGGGUGUGUACCUAGAUCUGGUGUUGGACUGCGUGGGCAGGCUGAGCGGGUGCAAUUUCAGCGCGCGGAUUAGAGCACCUACGAAGCAGCUAGCAGAAGCGCUGCAAGCGGCGGCUAGCCCGCUGCGAGCGCCCGGCUUACAUCUUUCGCUCCGAUACCGACGACGCCCGCGGCGAGCUACAAGUUUAACAACCUCACUCCGGCGUGCCCUCUUCCCACACUUGGUGGACGCGUUAAAUUCAUCAGUUAGUUCCAACGAUUUCAAGAUGGGUUUUGGAAAUGUUAUUAACAGCAUACCAGUGUUCGGUCAUAUUAAAGCUGGCGUCCACAUGUUAACUGGGAAUCCACGUGAAGCAGCUGAGGCUACUCAUGCUGCAAAUAGAUCAACAGCAGCUGUGGCCGGAGGCGCCGCAACCGCUGUAGUUGUUGGUCCGAUAGGAAUGAUCUUCGGGGCCAUAGCUGCCGGCACAACAGUUUACUUUAUAUAUUCCCUUGCCAAUAACAGCGCCGUAGGUGUGUUUGAUGAAUUAGAGGAUACCGAUAAAGAUAUCUGUAAAAACGAAUUUCCAAGAACGUCAUUGUUGAAGACUGGAUUACAUGUCGGUGCAGAUGCACUUAGCGGUGCUACUGGUGGAAAUGUCGCCGCCAACAUACCUAAGGCGCUCGCUGCCGUCGUCGUCGGAAUCGCUGGAGUAUUGGCGAAAGCGUUCGAUGAUUCGGCGAGAAGUGCUACUCUUUCGUCGAGUCCUGCUUUUAGAAGCUUGGAGGCCUUUGCAGCGCCCAAAUAUCCGUCCAAGAGGAAUUAUAAUGAAGAACGUUCUGUCAGCAAGGAGUCCUCGAGCUGCGUGCGGAAGAUGCAAGCCAGGCGCUCGCAGCGCGCGUGCAGCGGGCCCACCGCCACUUGCAGCGCUGACAACAGCGAGUUCUGCUCAGAGCUUGACAAUGUGACUCGCUUCAGGGUCCCUUCUCACACCAGAGCCAGCAGCCAGCUUGCCGCUGCGUCGCUUCUGCGCGCUGGCGCUACUUCGUUGGUGCUGUAA